AUGAUUCAAUUUGUCCUGGCCGUGGUUGGCUACCUGCUGCUCGUGCGUGCUUUCUUUGAUAGAGGCGUUGCUCCGGUCGGCAAGCGCCUACAGAAGAACAUCAUUCCUCUUCCGAAGAAUUCCAUAGACGCAGUUUGUUUGUUUGCAUCGAUGCUGUACCCGAUGAUGGCCUUCGUGCAAGCCCGAAAGUCAGACUGGAGCCUGGGCGAGUCGAAGGGCGCCAUGGCGGUAGUUGCGGGCGUUUGCCUGGGGAUGGUUUCAAGCGUCGAAGAGGGAUAG